AUGAUCCCAACACCUGGGCAAAAUCCUUGGGGCACUACAGGUUCAGGAGGAAAUGCAUUUCUACAAAGCAACAAACCCCUCAUAGCUGAUUUAGCGCUUGCUGCUCUUAAAGAACGUGGUGAGGUGAAGAAGAAAAAGCUUUGUCCUCAAUUUCGAACAGAUCGUUCAUUAUGUUUGAUGACAAAGAAAAAUCCACUUAGAAGAGUUUGUAUAUGUAUAGUGGAUGCACGACCAUUUGAAUAUUUUAUAUUGGCAACGAUAUUAUGUAACUGUUUGGCACUGGCAUUCAAUCAUCCUUAUCCUGGAGAAGAUUCGAAUGCUGUAAAUCAGGUUUUGGAAAAAAUUGAACUUGCAUUUGUUAUAAUUUUUACAACUGAAUCCGCUUUAAAAAUUAUUGCCUAUGGAUUUGUCCUUCAUCAAGAUGCUUAUUUAAGGAAUUUUUGGAAUGUCCUAGAUUUCAGUAUAGUCUUAAUUGGUUUAUCAUCAAAAGCAUUGGAAAAUAUGAAUAUCGAUGUAAAAGCCCUUCGAGCAUUUCGAGUGUUACGACCGUUGAGACUACUUUCUGGUUUACCUAGCCUUCAGGUUGUGCUCAACUCUAUCAUUACCGCCAUGGUUCCAUUGCUGCAUAUUGCACUGCUUGUAAUUUUUGUCAUUAUUGUUUAUGCAAUUGUUGGCCUUGAACUAUUUCAGAGCAAAUUACACCUAACCUGUUAUAAAAAUUCAACACAUAAAAUUCCUGAGAUGAUGCCGAAUCCUCGACCAUGUACAUUUGAAACAUCAUCAAUGGGAUUUAAAUGCAGUGAACUUGGGCCAGAUUAUUUUUGUGCAGAUAUGUAUGGCAAAGAAGGAGAACGAUACACUGGACCUGAAGGUGGUAUCGUUAGCUUUGAUAAUUUUCUAUAUUCUAUGCUUACUGUUUUCGUGUGUAUUACAAUGGAAGGUUGGACUAGUACUGGGUAUUAUGUGUCUGAUGCUAUUGGUUCCUGGUGGCCUUGGAUUUAUUUUGUAACCCUUAUUCUACUUGGUUCAUUUUUCGUUAUGAAUCUUGUUCUUGGUGUACUAAGCGGUGAAUUCAGUAAGGAAAAAGAAAAAAUAGAUCGUACCUUAUUGUUUCGUAAAGAAAGACAAGAAAAACGUGAACAACAAGAUUAUAUGGGUUAUAAAGAAUGGAUUGAAUUAGCUGAGGAACUAAGUGAUUCUGAAGGUGAUGAUAAAGAAAGUCAAGAUAUAGAAUCAGUUGAUGGUGGUGAUGGGCUAAUUGAAGAGGAACCCGAGAUGCAUGUUGAGGAGGUAGUUAAAACACACUGUCAUAGCACAUUUCGCCGUUUAAGAAAAUUCCGUAAACGAACACGACGAGCUGUGAUAGCUUUUAUCAACAGUCGCCAAUGUUUUGCAUUAGUUAUUAUCUUGGUUUUUCUUAACACAGUAGUCUUAACCACUGAACAUCACAAUCAACCAGAAUGGUUAGAUGAAUUCCAAGAUUUCGCUAAUGUUGUAUUUGUGAUGCUAUUUACAAUGGAAAUGGUAAUUAAAAUGGGGCAUCUGGUUUCUCAGAUUAUAUUUCAAAACUGUUCAAUCGCUUCGACUUUUUUGUAG